ACAGCCACUUUGACAUGCCUGACAAGUGCAGUAUGUUACAACAAAACAGAAAACCCCAUUUCUUUUAGUUCUUGCCAUGAGUCUUUCUUGUCUCUAGUGUUCAUUCUUUGUUUCUCUAUGUCUAGUUGAGCUCUCAUCUUCGUCUUUGAUAAAGUGCUUCAUUCUUUAGUGCCAGUGAACUAAAAUGGAUUAACGCUCUAGUGCGAAGUGAUUCAAUUAAAAGUAGAUCCUGAUUAUGACGUAAAUUUUGAAGAAGUAUUUUUGUUUUGUAAGGUCGAGAAUGAAACUAGUUACGUUUUAUAGUCACGUGACAUCAAUUUUUGUGAAAUGCGCGGUGACAUUGUUUUUGUUGUUGGUUGUGACAGCUCGUGCACAAGAUAUAGAUAACCAGACGCUGUCAUGUCUGCCUGGUUACCAUGGAGAGGAUUGUAAACUCGAGUGUAGCACUGGCUGUAAGUUCUUGGAAUGUGAGAAAACCAGCGGUGUGUGUGACGACGGAUGUAAGGAUGGCUACAUCGGACACUUCUGUAAUCAAACUUGUUCCAAACAUUAUUAUGGCACCAAUUGUUUGACCGUCUGCCCAACCAACUGUGCAGACGAUGUGUGUUAUCACGAGACCGGAAGUUGUACCAAUGGCUGUAAACCUGGAUAUAUUGGGGACCACUGUAAUGACGAAUGUCCAGGGGGCUAUUACGGAGAAAAUUGUCUACUGACCUGUCCAUCAUCCUGUGCUAGUGGGGUCUGUUCACACAUUACAGGACAUUGUGCUGAAGGGUGUGUAGCCGGUUUCAAAGGCCCUCUUUGUGAAACACCUUGUGAGACAGGAGCCUAUGGAGAAAACUGUCACCUCUCCUGCCAUAACAACUGUGACAACUAUGAAUGUGAUCAUAUCUCUGGUGUUUGUAAACAAUGCGUCAGUGGGUAUUAUGGCGAUAGUUGUGAUAAAGAAUGUGAGUCCGGUUCUUAUGGAGAUAGCUGUCAAUCGAACUGCUCCACCAAUUGUCUCAACAGCGAAUGCCAUCACAUAACAGGAGAAUGUAAAGACUGUGUUACAGGACUUCAGGGUCACUACUGCGAUGAAGAUUGUGACGAUGGUUUCUAUGGAGACAAGUGUACCAAUGUCUGCUCAUCUGACUGUGUAGAGAAUAAAUGCGAUCCUGUGACUGGUGUCUGUAAAAGCUGCCCAAUCGGAUCUAAAGGAGAUUUAUGUGACAAAGAAUGUGACAAGGGUACUUAUGGUCAAGGUUGUCUUCAACUGUGUUCUGUCAGGUGUACCAACCUAACAUGUGAUCGAAAAACAGGACGAUGCCAAGUUGGUUGUGUUGAUGGUUUCUAUGGAGAUAUGUGUGAAAAAGAAUGUGCGAAAGGUACCUUUGGUCCACGAUGCAGUAAAUCUUGUCCAGGUGGCUGUCAGAACUCUGUGUGUGAUCAUGUGACCGGAAACUGUACACUUGGAUGUUUGCCAGGAUACCAAGGUCGUUUAUGCAAUGAAACUUGUAUGCUGGGUUACUAUGGCGACCGAUGUGAACUUAUCUGCCCCAAGAACUGUGCCGGCAGUGAAUGUCACCACGAGACGGGGCAAUGUUUGAAAGGAUGCAAGGGGAACUACUGGGGAUUGGAUUGCUCAUCCACAUGUAAAAUUGGUUACUUUGGAGUCGGUUGCAAGACUGUAUGUCCCAAAAAUUGUGAGUCAGCAGUGUGUCAUUAUGAAACAGGGAACUGUCUUAAUGGAUGCAAGGACAACUUUUGGGGAAGUGAUUGCAGUUUAUCUGGAGAUUUCAACGAUAAUUCAGCUGAUGAGAAACGCAAAUUUUAUAAAGGUCUCUCAGCUGAAAGCCGCAGUGUCCUGCUAUAUCUACUCAUGCAUGAGUACGACCGGACUUUAGAACGAGCUCAGGUGGAAAUUAAGCGAGGGCGUCGACAAAGGGAGGAACUAAGGCACUUACUAGGAGACCCCUCCUGAUGAGCAUUCUUCGUGCCAAUGAAGAGCUUUAAAUAUAUAUAUAUAUAUAUGAAUGUCACAUUAAUAUAAGUUUCGUGUGUGUGUGCCUGUGUGUGUGUGUGUGUUUCAAUCAUAGUGACCGUGUAACAUUUUGUGAUGCUCUUUUAUUAAGAUUCAUGUGUAAAUUAAAUCAUUGAAAUUAAAAGAAAUUAAAC